AUGGCGAUUCAAGAUCAAAAUGGAUUUAACAGAUCACAGGGUGGUCCUUCGGAAGGAAGUGGAGUCUCUCUGAGUUCUGGAGUGCAUUCUGUUGCACAUAUUCAACUUAAUGACCAGUUUUCUUGUGGGAAUGACUAUGCCCUGAAGGUAAGGAAGCCGUAUACUAUCACGAAACAGAGAGAGAGGUGGACAGAUGAAGAACAUAAGAAGUUCCUUGAAGCUUUAAAGCUCCAUGGUCGGGCUUGGCGGCGUAUUGAAGAACAUGUUGGCACAAAGACUGCUGUUCAGAUUCGAAGUCAUGCUCAGAAGUUUUUUUCUAAGGUUCUUCGCGACCGUACUGGGAGUGUUACAAAUACAGUGGAGUCAAUUGAAAUUCCUCCUCCAAGACCAAAACGAAAGCCGAUGCAUCCUUACCCUAGAAAGCUAGUUGAGACUCCUAGUAAGGAAACUUCAAUUGCAGAACAACUAAUGAAGUCUAGUUAUCUGAAGUCAUCAGAUUUUGAUCAAGAAAACCAAUCUCCGAAAUCAGUAUUAUCAGGAGGGGUUUCAGAUAGCCUUGGCUCCUCAGAUUCAGACACACCAAAUGGAAGUUUGUCGCCCAUGUCAUCCAUCAGUGGCAUCCAUACAAGCGGUUUUACAUGUGCCGAACCCAACACAACAUCCGAAGAAGCUGGGAUAAACGCUGAUUCAUCUCAUGAUGAGAAGAAACCUCAUAUGAAAUUCAAGCUUCCUACAAACCAAAGCGAUUACAUCAAAGAAGACAUAACAGAAGAAUCUUCAGGCCAGACUUUCAAACUUUUUGGAAUGACAUUUUUUGUAACAGAUACAUGCAAACCCUCUUCUCCAACAAUCGAGGCAUGCAAACCAAUACCUCUAAACAUACGCAAGGGGGAUGGAACAUUGGAACUUCUUGGCCACAUCACAUCAAGUGAAACAUCAGCCAUAUCCCUGCUAAAGGUGAGAAUGGGUCCUGAAACAUGUGGGAAAGGGUUUGUGCCAUAUAAAAGGUGCAUGGAAGGGAGAGAAAACCAGUCUUCAUCUGUGACAAAUGAUAAUAGAGAAGAGCAAUGCAUCCACCUUUCGUUGUAG